UGGGAAGCAGCUGGACACUGAGCCCGCAGGGCCAGAGCGCCCAGCAGGCCCAUGCUGCAACCAACACCCUCCCCUGGGCUAGGGGGCUGGCACUGCCAGCCAGGCCUCCUGCCCGUGCUGCUGGCUCUCCUUGGCAUCACCUGGGUAGAGAUGCAGCCAUUCCAGCUGCAGGAGAAGCAAGCUCUGAUGCCCGGAGUCCUGAGUCAGAAGGAAAGUUUCCUGCUCCUAUCCCUACACAACUGCCUACGCAGCCGGGUCCACCCCCCCCCCCCCCCCGCAGCCAACAUGCAGAGAAUGGACUGGAGCGAGAGCCUGGCCCGACUGGCUCAGAACAGGGCAGCCCUCUGUAGGGCCCUGGCACCAAGCCUGGCGUCCGCCCCACAUCAUACCCAACAGGUGGGCUGGAAUGUACAGCUCCUACCUACGGCCUCAGCAUCCUUUGUUGAAGUGGUCAGCCUGUGGUUCACAGAGGGGCAGCGGUACAGCCACGCAGCAGCCGAGUGUGCCCACAAUGCAACCUGCACCCACUACACUCAGCUUGUGUGGGCCACUUCAAGCCAGCUGGGCUGUGGGCAGCAUCGCUGUUCUGUGGGCCAGACAGAGAUGGAGGCCUUUGUGUGUGCCUACUCUCCAGGAGGCAACUGGGAGGUGAAUGGGAAGACAAUUGUCCCCUAUAAGAAGGGCGCCUGGUGUUGGCUCUGCACAGCCAGCGUCUCGGGCUGCUUCAAAGCCUGGGACCACACAGGGGGGCUCUGUGAGGUCCCUAGGAACCCGUGCUGCAUGAGCUGCCAGAACCACGGACAUCUCAAUGUCAGCACCUGCCACUGCCACUGUCCCCCCAGCUACACAGGCCGAUACUGCCAAGUGCGGUGCAGUGUGCGGUGUGUGCACGGCCGGUUCCGGGAAGAAGAGUGCUCCUGCAUCUGCGAUGUCGGCUUUGGGGGAGCCCAGUGCACCACCAAGGUGCACUUUCCCUUCCAUACCUGUGACCUGAGGAUCGAUGGGGACUGCUUCAUGAUAUCCUCGGAGACAGACACCUACUACAGAGCCAAGAUGAAAUGCCAGGGAAAGGGCGGGGUGCUAGCCCAGAUCAAGAGUCAGAAAGUGCAGGACAUCCUCGCCUUCUACCUGGGCCGCCUGGAGACCACCAGUGAGGUGACUGACAGCGACUUUGAGACCAGGAACUUCUGGAUCAGGCUCACCUACGAAACUGCUAAGGACUCCUUCCGCUGGACCACUGGGGAGUACCAUUCCUUCACCAGUUUCGCCUUUGGACAACCUGAUAAUCAGGGGUUUGGCAACUGCGUGGAGCUGCAGGCGUUGGCUGCCUUCAACUGGAAUAACCAACGCUGUAAAACCCGAAACCGUUACAUCUGCCAGUUUGCUCAAGAGCACAUUUCCCGGUGGGACCCUGGGCCCUGA